AUGCAAUCUAGCCAAGUAAGACUUGCCUGCGCGUUGCUGCAGGACGCCUUCGGUCCUUAUGUUGCUGCUGUUGGUCGUCAGCUGCUGCUGUGCCGCAGCUUAACCUUCUUAGAGUUGCGUGAUUUGCUGCUGUCUAGCAGCAGCAGCAGCAGCAGCAGUGGCAGCAGCAUAGGACUAGGUGGAGGACCAAGAGGAUAUAUUGUUGCUGCUGCUGCUCCUAAAUCAGCAGCAGCAGCAGCACAUCUGCAGCAAGGAAGGGACGAAGAAUAUUGUAAAUUAAGGAACGCCCUUCUUGUCUUGCUGCAGCAUAAUCUUCUUAUAUGUACACCUGUUAAUCCAGGAGGAAGUGGUGCUGCUGCUGCUGCUGCUGCAGCAGCAGCAGCAGCAGCAGCAGCUGCAGCAGCUGCUUCAGCACCUGCGCAUGCAGACGCAGGAGCAGCACACCAGCAGAACCCCGCCCACAACAACAACAGCAGCACCAACGACAGCAACAGCACCAACGGCAGCAACAGCAGCAGCAGCAGCAGUGCUGCUGCUGCUCCUCCUGUACUGCUGCCCCAUGGAGGUGUCCGUUAUAGUCUGAAUGUGCAUGCAGCAUUAGCUUUGCUGCGCUUCCCUGCAUUUGCUGCAGUGACACAGGAGCAGCUAGGCAGCAACGCAAGGUUGCUGCUGCUGCAGGUAUUCAAGGCAGGACGUGUCUGCAUGCAGGAUGCUGUUGCAUUAGCUCUUGCUGAUCCUUAUGCCAAUCCAGAUGGAGAUGUUGCUGCUGUUGCUGCACAGCAGCAGCAGCAGCACAGUAGGCAGCGGCAGCAGGAGCUGCAGCGCUGCUUCCUGCAGUUAGUAUCUAAUGCUUUCUUAAUACAAUGCGAGGUUCCUAUGGCAUCAGCACUGCAGCAGCAGGAGCAGCAGCAGCAGCAGCAGCAUGCUGCUGCUGCUGCUGCUCGGGGCAAACGCAAAGCCGAGCCCAAAGCAGCACUCAAACGAUUGCCGUCAAAGGCAGCCGAUAUACCCGCAUAUACAGCAGAAGAUUCAGAUGAUGAAGAAGGAGAAGGAGGAGCUCUACCUGGAUUCCUUCUUAUGAUGCUCGAUGAUGGGGAUCCUGCAGCAAAGGCAAGGAAGACGACCCCCGCUGGUGGUGGUAGCAGCAGCAGCAGCAGCAGCGCGAGGCAUGCACAGAAGCAGCAGCAGCUAAUGGAUAGUCUUGUUGCUCGGCUGCAGCAGCAACGCGUUCCCUUCCAGGUUAAUAUCCCUUAUAUUUCCUUAUUAUUAUGCAAAAAGGCAGUGAAGCAAUUUGUAGUAGCUCGUGUAGGAGACACGCGUCUUGUCCAAGCAACAACAGCAGCAUUGCUGCAUGCAGUGCGGCUGCGGCCGCAGCAGCAGCAGCAGCGAGCAGCAGACGAGCAGCAAUACAAUUCAAGACUGGAUGUACAAUGCAAGUGGCUAACAUUCGAUGCAUUGGAGGCAGGGGUGAAUGCAGAACUGCAGCAGCAGCAGCAGCAGCAGCAGCAGCAGCAGCAGGUACCUCGAGUAACUGUGCAGAAGUCUCAACUAAUUAGACUUCUUGAUGGUCUAACAAAACAUCCUGAUCGUCUUCUUGCUACCACCAUGAAAGAUGGACAAGCAGCAUAUAGAUUAGAUUGGCAGCAGAUAAAGGGAUUGAUGCAGCGGCGUAUAUUAAGCGAGGCUGUCUUAGCUCGUUGCGGUCCUAAGGCAGCAAGAGUAUGGAGACGAAUAACAAAUAUUGGCGAUUCUUUUAAUCCUUCUUCUGCUAUCUUCUUUGAUGAACAAAUGAUAGCUGAUGGUUGUUUGCUGCCGCCUAGCGGUGCCCGUCAGGCGAUGUAUUCUCUUGCAUUAGCGGGCUUUGCUCGUUUCUAUGAAUCAGACCGGUUACCUGCAAAUACAACAUCAAUGUCAUCUAAGCAUGCAUUAGUUAUUCGCUGCAGCAGCGAAGAGACGCAGCAGCAAGUGCUGCAGUGUAUACUUAAGGCAGCACUUAAUCUAUUAGAAAGAAAAAGAGCAGAGGCACAGCAGCUCGCACAGCUGCGGUGCAGGACCCAAUGCUUAGCAGACUCUGAGCUGCAGCAGCAGCGGCAGAGGGAAGCAGCAGAAGAUAUUCUUGAGGCAAAUGUUCUUAAGCUAGCAGAACCAUUAGCUAUUCUUAUGGAUAUAUAA